AUGACGAGUGCAGGCACUCAGGAUGAGAAUCCCGUCCAUGUCUCAUACCUGGCCGGGUACAUCUUCCUCUCAUAUGUGAUCAGCUCUAUGGGAUGCGCAACUACUCUCGAGCUUCUGCAUCGCAGAACAUCCAGAUCCGGAUUCUACAAUUGGUAUCUACUCCUCACCUCCUCCAUCACCAUGGGCGGCAUCGGAAUUUGGUGCAUGCAUUUCAUCGGCAACCGUGCGAUCGUUCUCGCCGACGGAGCACCGGACAUGCAGAUUUUCUAUAAUGUUGCUUUCACCGGAACCUCAUUUGUACUCCCCGUCGUCGUCCUUCUUGCCGCCUUUUACUCCGUCGGUGUCGAAGAGAAAGCGAGUUAUAUUCGUAUCCUGCUCGGAGGUUUCCUCACGGGAAGCUCGGUAUGCGGUAUGCACUAUGUUGGCCAACUCGGCAUUUCAAACUAUAGAUGCGCCUACCAUGUCGCCAACGUUGUCGGAUCCGCAGCUAUCGCUAUUUUCUCGAGUAUCGCAGCGUUGGGAAUCUUCUUCCGUUGGAGAGCAUCGUGGACUGAUAGUUGGUGGAGACGUAGUAUCUGUGCCUGUUUGCUUGCUGCGGCCGUCUCGGGCAUGCACUGGACUGCGGCGGUUGGCACGAUCUACAGAGAACGCGACGAGUCCGCCAAGCAUGGAUCGCAGUUGUCGCGAAGCCAGACUGUCAUUGUUUGCGCUGUGCUGGCUUGUGUCUCGUGUGUAAUUCUAUCCGCUUGCGCCAUCGUGGCCGGUGGAAACCGACGACGAUCCACUACUCGCGCGCACCAGCUUGUGCUCGCUUGUGCCUACUUUGAUCCUGCUGGUCGGGUGAUGGUCACCCCGCAGGCGCUUCUGCCACUUCGGAAGGUCGUCGAUCACUACAUUGGACGAACCUUUAAAGAUGACGAUCUGACCCGCACUCACCCAACCUUCCUCUGGGCCUUCAGAGCAAGCCGAAAUUGGCCCGUUGUGAAAGAUCUAAUUCCUUUCAUGCGAAACCGUCUGGAAUCCGAACAGCGCGCCAUUCGAAAGCACGUCGUUACUCGCGGUGUGGUCAUGGACAAGGAUACCGAGUUGCAGACCGAUUUCGAUACACUGUUCAAGCAGCUCUUCUGUGUAACAGCUCAAGAAAUUUCUGAUGAACUUCGCCAGCCCCUGCAAGAUCUGGGAACCUUAUACGACGAUGUUCUCUCAACCGCCAUUCCGGUCUCACGACUAUCUCGAGCUAUGGGCCGUUCAUCGCUGCGUACAGGCAAGGGCCAGCUUAUGUUUAGUGUUAAACAACUUCACAAGCAUGAAGCAACUCGCUUUGCCUCGAUGGGAUUCCGUUUUGCGACUAUCGAGCAUAUCACCUCGACCCUCUCCCGCCGUAUUCAUGUCCCCGAAUCGACUCUCAUCGAGCGCCUGCGGGAUAUGCGCGACUAUGCAUCCUCCAACCGUACCUUUGGAGAGGGUGUCCAUCUUAUCACUUUCGUCAUGCGUCCCACCGUCGCCGACCACUUUGAGAUUCUCACUACCAAGGGCACCGGUAACCCGUUGCCAUCUGCCACUUUGCCCUUGAAACGGCUGCAGGUGCAACAUCUUGAUCUCAUUUCUCACAUGGAGGGCUGGUCAAUGAACUUCUGCCUGAAGUAUCUUGCAUCCCCAGCUGCCAAACAAUCCGAUUCCGCAACUGAUGAGUUCCGCCGACACCUCAUGGAAGGAAUCGCCUCUCUCUCCAAAACACUCCCUGAAGAUAUGCGUGCAGCCGCGCGCUUUUCUGCCCGACCUCUUGUAACGCCCUGCCGCACCGCCGGUCAAUUCUCAGAAGAAGAUUUAAAACCGCAACAAUGCACCCUCCUCACAUUCUGUGUCGUCGGCACUCUCGACACGCAGGUCCCCAACCCCGACUUCACAUUCACUCCCUUCCGUCUCUUCCGCGUUCAACAGCAAGUAAACGACAGUGUUGCCGACCGAGAUGGAUUCACCCGCGAGUUGAGCGAGGAACUCUUCAUCACCGACGUUCGCUCUGGCUCAACAGCUUCAGAAGCAGAUCUUCUCGCUACGACGAAGAACGCAUUCCUUCGCAUAUGGCCUUCUAGGAAGCCAUCAAAUUCUGGAACAAUGAACUCCCAAGAGUCGCUAUUUGACACCCCAACUGCCCUUGGCGAUAUCACAGUGCAGAAGGAGGUUCGUGUUGACGUGAGCCGACUCAAUGAGAACGUGGCUCACAAUCCCGUUGGCACGCACGAUGCUAUCAUCGCGGCGGGUGACGCUGUCACCACACCAACUACAUACGUUGAUGAACUAUACAGCCUAUGCUAUGAGCCAGGCAUCCGUCUCCGUCCGGACUCGACAUUGCAACACAUGCAGCGCAAAUCUGAAUUAUGA